GAGUAACAGGUGUCACAGACUCAUCGGCGCAUCCCAGGACAUCAGAAACAGUCCACCUGCAAGUCACAUUUGGGGAUUAAACAUACAAGAUUUUCUAUCUAAGGAACUUUUCAUUAAGGACAAGAAAAUCUACAGGCAUGAAUAAACAACUGAUGCUCAGUGUUCUGUUGGUGGUGCUAUCCUGGGGAUUUAUGACUACCCACGCUCAGACAACAGCAAGCAAUGGGACAAAUUCUAACAUGACAACGGUGGGAGGAAACAGCACAAAUAAUAACACAGAGAUGACUGCGCCAGCAAACAACAACACUACUGCAGCACCAGCUAGUAAUGGAACCACCAUGGCACCAGUUAACAAUGCAUCCACCUCAGCAUCAGCUAAUAAUGGAACCACCAUGGCACCAGUUAACAAUGCAUCCACCUCAGCAUCAGCUAAUAAUGGAACCACCAUGGCACCAUCUAGCAAUGCAUCCACCUCAGCAUCAGCUAACAAUGGAACCACCAUGGCACCAGUUAACAAUGCAUCCACCUCAGCAUCAGCUAACAAUGGAACCACCAUGGCACCAGUUAACAAUGCAUCCACCUCAGCAUCAGCUAGUAAUGGAACCACCAUGGCACCAUCUAGCAAUGCAUCCACCUCAGCAUCAGCUAGUAAUGGAACCACCAUGGCACCAUCUAGCAAUGCAUCCACCUCAGCAUCAGCUAACAAUGGAACCACCAUGGCACCAGCUAGCAAUGCAUCCACCUCAGCAUCAGCUAGUAAUGGAACCACCAUGGCACCAUCUAGCAAUGCAUCCACCUCAGCAUCAGCUAGUAAUGGAACCACCAUGGCACCAUCUAGCAAUGCAUCCACCUCAGCAUCAGCUAACAAUGGAACCACCAUGGCCCCAGCUAGCAAUGGAACUACAGCAUCACCAGUCAAUGUCCCUGCACUUGAGACAGACUUUACCCGGCAAGAAUGUGGUUCCUCAAAGCUCUGUGCAGAUGAACCCACAGAUUGUGAUCCCGCUACAGGAGACAAUUGCUUUUUCCUUUCUGCUAGGCAAGAAAAUGGCCAAACAUUCAACUUUGAGCUCUCAGGACAGUCAAGUGGCUACAUUGCUGCUGGCGUCUCAACUACUGCAAGUCAGGCUGGUCGUCACAGAGCCUACAUCUGUGCAAACAACAACGGUGCAGUCCGUUUCUUUACUGGCUUUCUCGAUAAUUUGGAGCUAAAUACUACAGAGACGUUGGACUCAAGCAAUCAGCGGGGCAGAGUCAACAAUGGCAAAAUCCAGUGUAGAUUUACAGCUGUACUACCAGACACAAGUACUCGAGCAAGCGCCCAAUACUCUCUGUCGAUUACAACUGGACCUUACGAUGCCAGUUCUGAGCAGCUGGGAACACCGAGCUUCAGAGUACUGACACCUCUCACAAACAUCUCAGACCCUACUGCCAAUAUCACUAACUUGCUGGCCAACAACGGCACUACUUCCUCUGCUUAUGUGGUCACACCAUCACACUCAUUCUUGCCAGCUCUGCUGGUCACCGUGUGCAUGCUGGCUUUCACAGCAGUAUGAGGCAACUGACUCCCACCAUGUUGAAUAAAGGCAUUGCUUCCUGAUUUCAGACAUCCAAUCUCUAACAGGGAGUUUGCACAGUUCUUAGUUUGGUUGGAUUCAUUUGUGCUGACUCACCAUUAUUUAAAAUAUGUAAAAACUGUUCCAAGUCUCUUUUCCACAGUCUGUUGACACAUUUGAAAACAUCUGUGAUUCUGAAACUAAAAGAGGAAUGAUGUCAAAUGCUUCAGUUUAGUUAUUAUUAAUUAGUUACACACAGAACUGCUGGAAUUCUGGUCUGUGGUGUAAAUGUGAUGUAAAAUGUGUUUUAUUGGAGUAUAAAGUUGAAAGAAACGUUUUUUAUAUAAAGCAAGUUGCAAUGACUUUCACCAGCAUAUGUCUAACUGCACUAGAGUUUCAAGGUCUGGUUACCUUUGAAUCCCAUUUUACUGGUGCAGAAAAAAACUUCUGUUUUUUAUUUCAUUUUAUUUGUUUUUAAUUUAUGAUACUUUAUUCUUUGUUGUAAUUUAGGCCUUAAUUAUUUAGCAGUCCUUGAACAAUGAAAUCUUGACUGGCUGAUGUGUAUGCAGGUGUUAGUGCAAGAUGGAUGAAAUUAUGCUAGUUAUGGCACAAAAUAUCACUGAAGGUAAUUUAACCACUGGCAGAAAUAAUCAACAUUUACUUUUUAUUUCUAAUAAAAGGCUUCAUGUCAAUCUAUUUGUACAUCAGUUAAAUAAAGAUGUCUUUCUAAAGGA